CCUAUAAAAGUGCUCGGGCUGGAAAAGUAGACUACAUCCUGGAAAUUUCAGCAGUUUCGAAAGCUUACAUCUUACGAACAGAAGAGGUACAGAAUGAACACAGAUUGGACUCCCACGCUGUGGCGUGAUACUUUCGACGAAAUGUUGGAAGAAGAAUUAGAAUACAAUGACAGCUGGAUUGUUCAGUUCAACUACAGCCUACAAGAGAAUCUCUCUAAAGAGGAGAGGAGGAGGGGAUGGAAGAUCUACUGCCAUCGUGCCUACGGAAAAUUUAGGUGUGGUACCUGUUCCAAAGAUUGGCCAUCGGCCCGGGUUACUCUUCUCUUCCACUACCGCCUGCGCAGCGAGGCAGCCCGGGGGGCGGUGAUCAUGCGACCCUUCAGACAGGCGUGCCGGGGCUGCAGUGGGAACUUUGAGCUCCCAGGGUUCUCCACGGAGGAAGUAGAGAAGGUCCUGCUCAAGCUGAUUGGCAAGAUCAAGAAGAACUGCUACGGUGAAGAGGAAGAGGACAACAGCGAUUCCUGCUCCCCUGAGAAAGUGCGGACGAAGCCGCAUGAGAGUUCACUGUGUGAGGCCUGUAGUCAGGGGAUCUGCUGUGUGGAAGACUAGCUUCCACAGAGCCUAGUCUAGGAACUGGGAAAGGAAACAUGAUUACCUCAGGAGCCCCAGCAGGCAACAUGAGGUGCUCAAGUGGUUACCUGAGACAAAUAAUUUCAAAAUGGUUUUUGUUUUUUUUAACGAUGACAGAAAUGCACUUUACGCAAUAUAUAUUACAUUACAGGCAUUUAGCAGACGCUCUUAUCCAGAUAUAUAUAUAUAUAUAUAUAUAUAUAGAUAGAUAUAUUUAACCAACGUAAUAUGGAAGAAAAUAUUUUGACUAAUAAUAUGUUUGGAACCAUAUAUAUAUAUGUGUGGAGGUGUAGCUGGGCGGUAUGGUGAUGGCUCUGGGCCGAGAUAAUAGGGGAGGAAAUGAGAUAAUCAGCGUUAACCAUAAUCUGCCUGCAGUGCCAUCGCAGUCUCUGAGAGGAAACUCACAUGAGAGAGACAGAGAGAGAGAGACAGAUGGCGUGAGGGCUAGGAGCUGUUUGCAGGGGUGAUUAAUGAAAACUCAUGUGCAUCUCACAACUCUUUGGAGUAAUAUUGUGUAUACGCGUUAGUGUACUUUUUAUCUUUUUUAAUGGUACUUUUGAUAUGAUAUUUUUUAAUACUAAUGAUCUAAAUUAUUGUUGAAAUGCUUGAGGCUCAUAAAAAUGUUGCCAGAAUUGUUUAUUUGUUCAGAUAAUUGUUUUUAAUAAAAUACUUUUGUCUUAUUUUGAGAAA